GACCAAGCCGCCUCCUUCUCUUCUCAGUCUGGCUAAAGGGUGUAGGGUUGCGGUGUGUGCGGCUCUCACUCUGCACUGAAUGAACCACGGCAGGCUCCCCACAGCCCACGCAAGAGGCUCCGCGGCGCCACGGCAGAGACGAUGCCCUGCUGAGUCCAGGGAUAGGUCCGGGAAACUCGUCCGGCCGUCUCCCUCCCUCCCUUCCUUCCUUCUCUUCAGCCAUCCCGGCAGCAAGCGGCAACCUCCUUCCGGCGGGGAAGCGAGAGACGAGAACGACUUUUUGUCUUAUUUCCGUGUUUUUUCAUCCGUGCGUGGAGCAUUCUCCAUGCGAGCGUGGAUUGUAUGGAACAAGGCCGUUGCACUGACCUGCUAACAGUUAGCACGGUGGCUAACUAGCAAGCUACACCUGCUAGUCGUCAUCGCUUUCCCGCUUCGACUCGUCGGACAACAAGUUUGACUUAUUUUUUUAAAUCACUUUCCCCCUCACAUUACUUCAUUUUUGUGUUGGUUUUUUUGCUCCAUAAACAAGCCAAGUGUAUUGUUUCUGUUUUACGAAACGUGCCACACUAUUUUUACACCGGUGAAAUAAGCUAGCAGCUGCUUGACCUGCCUAUAGUGACGCCGUGACUGCGCUUAAAACUUGACUUUUUUCCCCCUGAAUCCUGUUUCUUAAUGCAGUUUAUCCAAUUUAGUCACAUUCUUUAGCGAGUUUCCGUGCUGGUGUAUUUUGAACCGGCAGUUCGCACUGAUUAUAAAAACAAAGGAAACGAAUGAAUAAGUCAAGCUAGCUUCGCCUGUUGGAGUCUUGUAUUUAAUUCCACUGCCUUAUUUAUUGGGGAUACAACGGACGUGCCUGAGCUGAAGCGACCAAAAAGAAGAAGAAGAAGCUCCGGUGUAAUUCUGGCACCACAUUCCCCCAUGAACAUACAGAGAUCACGUCCUAUUAACAUUUCACGUCAUGGGAGAUCGCGGCACAAAUCGCACGACUUCGAAGACUUGUCUUGCUUGAGGACCGCCAGCGAGUCCCACCACAGCUUCAGCCCCAACCUCGGUUCGCCCAGCCCGCCGGAGACCCCGGACUCGUCGCACUGCAUCUCCCGUAUCGGGGACUACCUCCUGCUGGAGCCCCUGGAGGGCGACCACGUCUUCAGAGCCGCACACCUGCACAGCGGGGAAGAGCUCGUCUGCAAGGUGUUUGAUAUUGGCCGCUACCAGGAGUCGCUGGCGGCCUACUUCGCCCUGGGCCACCACCAGCACAUCAACCAGAUCCUGGACAUCCUGCUGGGCGAGACACGGGCCUAUGUGUUCUUUGAGCGUAGCCAUGGCGACAUGCACUCCUUCGUGCGGACCUGCAAGAAGCUGCGUGAGGACGAGGCCGCCCGACUCUUCUACCAGAUCGCUUCCGCCGUGGCGCACUGCCACAACAACGGACUCGUCCUCCGCGACCUCAAGCUAAGGAAGUUUGUCUUCAAGAACGAGUCCAGAAGCGAGGUGAAGCUGGAGAGCCUGGAGGACACGUACAUCCUGGACGGCCGUGACGACUCUCUGUCGGACAAACAUGGCUGCCCUGCCUACGUCAGCCCCGAGAUCCUCAACGCCGGCGGCAGCUACUCGGGCAAGGCGGCCGACGUGUGGAGCUUGGGUGUCAUGCUCUACACCAUCCUAGUGGGGCGCUACCCCUUCCACGACGUGGAGCCGGGCUCCCUGUUCAGCAAGAUCCGCCGGGGCCACUUCAACGUCCCCGAGACGCUCACACCCAAGGCCAAGUGCCUGAUCCGCUCCAUCCUCCGCCGUGAGCCCGCCGAGCGCCUCACCUCCCGCGAGAUCCUGGAGCACCCUUGGUUCGCGGCCGCCGGGACUGUGGGUGGCGCCGCGCACACCAUAGUGGAGCGCGAUCAGGAGCAGCUGGUCCCCGACGUGAGCAUGGAGGAGGAGGAGCUGGAGUUGUUCAGUUGAGCACAAACCAAGCACAAACAGACCACCAGAUCCGCCGCCACGGGGAUGGGGGAGGGAGGGGCUUGCCGUUUAGCCCUCAGUAGUUUAGAGACGGUUUGUCAUCAGAUAUAUGAGGUGUUUCCAUCUUCGCUUCUCCACCAUUUUCAUGGAAAACCUUGAAGCAUGACAAACGCCAUCGUGACCCGACGCGGCGCUCGUGACACCAUCACGAAAAAUGUAGCAAAAUGUACUUUCUUGGGGCGGGGGGUUGAUAUGGUGCUAGUCACGGUAAACACAUUCUCUUUUUUGACACUACGGCAAACAUGAGGGGACGUACGAGCGCGGGGAAACAGGAGAACCGACUAAAAGCUUCUCCUUCUCAUGCCCCCUUUUUCCUUAGGCAUCAAACACCACAUCUGGAAACCUUCAACCUUUCCUGUUGACAUUUCUGAGUUGUGUUGAGGAGAGAGCAGCAUUUAUUUAAAUCUAUAUAGAAAUAUAUCAAAGAAAUAGAAAUAUAUAUAUAUAUUUAAAAGUACAUUGCAGGGUUUUUGCCCCCACAUUUAGACACCAGACAGGAUCACUGUCUCAAGCCCGUCACAUUUCCUAUAUGCCAGUAUUCCCGCCCGCCACUCCCUCUGCAACAGUAUUGCUCCAAUGCGCUCCACAACCUUCCACCGCGUCGACGCCAUCGUGCUCAGAUGUUACUUGAAGAAAAAAAAUCCACCUAGUCAUCAGCAUGAACUCCCGCUAAUAUGCAAGCUUGCCAACUGGGGGGGAGGGGGAGGGGAGUGCGCAGAGGGGUCUGCUUGUUUUUUCUUUUGCUGCAAGAAUCCUACUGCUUUUCUUUCGUUUCUAGACAGAGCUUCCUCUUUAAGUUGGUGCUAAUGUUUUAGUCCUUUUUAGUUUCACGGACAGGGGAAGGAAGGGAG